AAAACGCCAUCCGUUGCAUUCUUCCCUCUUCCCCUCCCACCCGUUUUACCAUCUAAAUCCGAGGGAACACGGGGACUCACAUGGCGUUCUCUUCUUCUCCGGCGAGAUGUCCAAAUAUCCAUCUCUUUUCAAUCCUGUUUAUCCUUUUUCUCUUCGGUAUAUCGUGUGUCUUCGCUGAGGAUGUCCCCGCUCCCAAGUCUGGCAAUUGCAAUAAUCCAUUUGAAAUGGUCAAAGUUAAGAUCUGGGUUAAUGAUGCGGAAGAUGAAACCUUAGUUGGUUUAACUGCAAGAUUUGGGGCUUUGCUGCCUUCUCAGGCUGAAGAUGAUCUCAAAUUGCCAGCUGUUUUUAUGAAUCCUAUAAAUGGCUGUUCUAGUUCUUCAAAGCUAUCUAGAUCAGCUGCCUUGGCUUUACGUGGGGAAUGUGACUUCACAAUUAAGGCCGAAAUUGCACAGGCAGGGGGUGCUUCAGCUCUGUUGGUAAUAAAUGACAACGAAGAUCUUUACAAGAUGGUCUGUUCUGAAAAAGACACUGCCCUUAACAUUUCUAUUCCUGUUGUGAUGCUUCCCAAGAGCAGCGGAGAAACUAUUACAAAAUCUAUAACCGACGGCAAGAGAGUGGAACUUCUAUUAUAUGCUCCAAAGCGACCAGUUGUGGACUUCUCUGUUGUGUUUUUGUGGAUGAUGUCUGUUGGAACAGUUGCAUGUGCUACACUUUGGUCAGACAUCACUGCUCAGCAGACCGAGGAGCGCUAUAAUGAAUUAUCACCAAAGGGACCUUCCAAUAUCGAAGCAGGCAAAGAUGACUUUGAUAAUGAAACUCUGGAUAUUAAUGUACAGAGUGCAGUAGUAUUUGUCAUUUCGGCAUCUAGUUUCUUGGUGCUGCUAUAUUUCUUUAUGUCCUCGUGGUUCGUUUGGCUGUUGAUUAUAAUGUUCUGCAUUGGUGGUGUUGAGGGUAUGCAUUCCUGUAUAUUAGGACUUAUAUUGAGUAGAUGCAAAAAUUGUGGGAAGAAGACUCUGAAUUUGCCUUUAAUAGGGGAAAUCUCUGUUCUUUCAUUUGUUGUGCUGCUUUGUUGUAUAACAUUUGCUGCCGUCUGGGCUCUGAAUCGACGUUCAUCAUACUCUUGGGCUGGCCAAAAUAUUCUUGGUAUCUGCCUGAUGAUAACAGUCUUGCAGAUGUCCCGAUUACCUAAUAUUAAGGUAGCAACGGUACUUCUUUGCUGUGCAUUUGUCUACGACAUCUUCUGGGUGUUCAUAUCCCCAGUAAUAUUCCAAGAAAGUGUAAUGAUUGCGGUUGCCCGCGGGAACAAUAGUGGUGGGGAAGCCAUUCCAAUGCUCUUGAGAGUUCCUCGCACCUUUGACCCUUGGGGCGGCUUCGAUAUGAUUGGAUUUGGAGAUAUACUCUUCCCUGGUUUGCUUGUUUCGUUUACACACAGAUUUGAUAAAGCAGAGAAGAAAGAGAAGUGUAAUAGAUAUUUUCCUUGGUUGCUCGUUGGAUAUGGAACUGGUCUCUUCUUUACGUAUUUGGGCUUAUAUUUAAUGAAUGGACAUGGCCAACCUGCACUCCUUUAUCUAGUUCCAUGCACUCUGGGUGUUACUGUUGUUUUGGGUUUGAUCAGAGGUGAGAUUGGUCUACUUUGGAAUUAUGGAACAGAAGCUGCUGGAGAACCUUAAAGGUUUUUCCAUUAUUUGGUGGUGAGGAGGGCACUUUUUUAUAAUUUUAACAUCUUUUUACUGUAUCCCCAACACUUGAUGUACCUAUGAGAAAUGUAUUUCUAUAAUUUGAUCAGCCUUGAAUGGCUCCAAAUUUAUAUAUUCAUUUUUUUAAAUUUA